AUGUUCACCAAAGAGAUGUUGACCGAGCAAUUCAAUCAAGUGGUAAUUAGCAAAGAUGAAGACAGUGGAAAAGACAUUGUUCCGUUGUCUGGAUCAGAGGAUUCAAAGGUUAAUGCCGAACAAACAGUAAGGAAGCAGAGUAAGCGAAAGAAUGAAAAUACCGAGAAAAGACCGAUGAAGAAGAAAAAAGAGUUGCAGUGGAAACGAGAGGAUUGUGCGCAGCCAGUUGGCAAAGUGAUUAAGUUUACUGGUACAGGACUUAAGAAGAAAGGCCACUACAAGAAAUUUGAGUUUCGUGGCAUAAAAUAUGAACUGGAGGAUUCGGUGUUAAUGAAGGCAGAGUCCGCAAACCAGAAGCCGUAUACCGCUAUCAUAAAGGACAUUUAUAUAAUAGGCAAAGAAGGAUACGUGAAGCUUGUAGUGCAGUGGUUUUAUCGUCCAGAAGAUGUCGAGGAAGAAUAUCUCGGAAAAUGGGAAUCCAAAGAUGCAAGGGACCUCUUCUACAGUUUCCAUCGCGAUGAAGUGUUUGCUGAAUCCGUGAAGCACGGAUUUCGUGCCGGAUAA